AUGUGGCUCAUCAACACCCACAACUUUGAGCUCGUGCGUAAAGACAAUUACCGGGAGAACUCGUAUGCGAUCUUAUCGCAUACCUGGGAAGAUGAUGAAGUGAGUUUUCAAGAAUUUAGGGACCCGGAUCCGAGCGUGGCUCGUAGGAAGAAAGGGUUUGCUAAGAUUGAGAAAACUGUUCUAAUGGCCCGCGAACGCGGGCUGAAUUGGGCCUGGGUCGAUACUUGUUGUAUUGAUAAAACCAGCAGCGCAGAGCUGUCCGAAGCGAUCAAUUCUAUGUAUAAAUGGUACGAGGACUCGGCUGUGUGUUUCGCAUAUCUGUCAGACAUGCCGACUCAUCCAGACAUAUUGAGUCAACAGCCUGAUGACCUAUGGCAACUCUGGAAAACGAAGCUCAAAGCAUGUAAAUGGCUUACGCGGGGUUGGACGUUGCAGGAGCUGAUAGCGCCGAUGUACGUCGAGUUCUAUGAUAUGCAAUGGAAUCUCAUUGGCGACAAAAAGCAAUCUAGUGCGCUGCUUGAAGAGAUCACUAGGAUCCCUCGGCGUAUUAUAGAGCCAUAUCGGCAUCCCAAUGGCUUGCGCUAUCAACCGCAACACGAACCAAUCGCGUGCCGGAUGUCAUGGGCCUCAUCGCGAGAAACUACGAGGAUUGAAGACACGGCGUAUUGUCUCCUAGGAAUAUUCGGCAUUAACAUGCCCCUUCUUUAUGGGGAGGGGGCAAAGGCCUUUAUCCGAUUGCAGGAGGAAAUAUGCAAACAGACUACAGAUAUGUCACUUUUCGCAUGGAAAGCCUCGCCCCCGCCAUCAAUUGGAGAACCCGAGCAGGAGUUUCGCGGACUCUUCGCUAACCAUCCUUGCGAGUUCUCCGAAGGCCACUUCAUGUCAAUCUAUAACAUGGGUUACACUGGAGAAAUCACGAUCACUAAUAGAGGUAUACGUUUCGAUGGGCUAAAUCUACGAGUUAAUCCAGAGCACGGUAUCUUGAUGGAAAUUGGCUGCAGGAAGAAAUACAGGCACGGCGUUAACUACCCCGGUAUGAGACAAUACAUAUGCCUUGCCAAGGUCCCUAGAGGGUUUGUGAGGCAUAACCCAUAUAAGUUAUUUGAUGAUACGAGUCAAACAGAGAAGGAGAUAGUGAUGUUCCAGCCCCGAAUCUAUAUUCCAAAGGACCUUCCUCAAGCAGACGCAUUUAACAUAGCGACACAAUAUAACGACGCUUUGUUCGUGGGGUUCUCUGGGCCCAUUAAGAACAUUAUUGCUCGGCCGAGUGAUCUGUGGGACCCCCAUAGAAAGGCUUUCUUAGUUGGAUCCAGCCAAGAGAGGUUCGCUAUACAUCUAACGGUUGGUUCCGCAAUAGAAACCUCAAAGCUUCUCGGCGAACCCUUCAUCGUUGUUAUUCUUCUGGAGGGAUACAUAGAAUAUCGGGUUUUAAGUACAGAUGAUGAAGAGUUUCAUGCAUUGCUCCCCAUUUUAGAAAAGGAACAGCCAAUUCCACACAUUUGGCAUUUUGAUUGGGUAACGGAUCCUGGUUCAAAUGGACAACCUUUUACAAAGACAGGCGAUAGGUUUGAAGUUACAGUAAUCGGCGAAAGUGAUCACAGAGAAAAUGACUGGAUUCAGAUUAAAGUCGAGAGCCACGAUCUACAAUCUUAG